UGGAGCGCUGCGAUAAAAGCGGGGAGCAGAGUGAAAGCCAACUCAGUCCGAGCCACUAAUCCCGAGGACACUGACAUUUCUACUGCAAACAUACCGAGAAGACAGAAGAUUUCAGUGGAUUGAAGACCACUUGAGUUGAAGACAUGAUCCGACUACUUGGGCUAUUAAGUCUCCUUUCUGCUCUCUGCUGCAGCCUAGCGGGCAAUGUGGAGCUGCUCCGCACUAAGAGAGGGACUCGUUUUUACAGAGGUGAGCCUGUCAGGCAGCCAGCUAGAGGGACGCUUUUGAUUGUUCAUGUCCAGAAGUCUUCACCUUCCUUUGACACGUCCUCACGUUGUGUGGAUAGUGAGCUAUCGGCAGUGCGUAGUUAUGGGGACACUUGGCUGCGAUGGAGGGGACAGCGUGUGGAGUAUUGCCGUUGUGCAUUCAGAGGACGAGAGCUUUGUCAUGUUGUGCCCGUCAUCAAUUGCUACGUGUCUCAUUGUUACAACGGUGGAACCUGUAAGGAGGCUGUAUACACCUCAGAUUACAUUUGCCAGUGUCCCGCAGGCUUCACUGGGCCUCGAUGUGAGAUCAACACCAAUGAGAAGUGUGUUGCGGGGCAUGGUGUAGGGUACCGGGGGACAUGGAGUAUCACCUAUACAGGAGCAGAGUGCAUCAACUGGAACGCAACGUCUCUGAGAGGAAAGAGGUUCACGGCUAGGAAAGUGGACGCCACCAGUCUUGGACUCGGCAAUCACAACUUCUGCAGGAACCCUGACAAUGACAGCACUACUUGGUGUUACAUCUAUAAAGGCACUCAGAUCGUGUGGGAGUUCUGUUCUCUGCCCAAAUGUCCAGAAGAUAAGAACCAACAAUGUGUUCUGGGCUCUGGUCAGUCCUACAGAGGCACAAAAUCUGUUACAAAGAGCGGCUCUCGUUGUCUCCCAUGGGACUCUCCUGCUGUCAAGCGUAAGCGCAACAAUGCUUGGAGAUCUGAUGCAUUGGAGUUAGGGCUUGGCAGCCACAGCUUCUGCAGGAAUCCAGAUGGUGAUGCAGGUCCGUGGUGUCACACCUACAAGAACAUGCAGCUGACCUGGGAGCUGUGUGACAUACCUAAAUGCUUGCAACGUCCCUCUAUCAUCACCACUCUCAACCCACGUGCCCCCACCUCUAACAACAACAACAGAGCAACAUGUGGCCAGCGUUUGGACAACUCCCUGAAUCGCCCGGAGUACCGCAUAUUUGGGGGCAGAGAGAGCGACAUCACAGACCAGCCGUGGCAGGCGGCCAUUAAUGUUUAUCAGGCCCGUAGCAAACAGCACUUUCACCGAUGUGGAGGAGUCCUCAUCGACUCCUGUUGGGUCCUGUCCGCUGCACAUUGCUUCGAGCAAAGAGAUAAAGCAGAAAAAUUGGAAGUGGUUUUGGGAAGAACGUUUCGGAAACAGAAUUCCAGCAGUGAGCAGAUUUUCAAGGUUGAGAAGUACUGGAUCCAUGAGAAAUUUGACAACGAAUCAUUUGACAAUGACAUCGCCAUCUUGAAGCUGAAGACGGACGUCGGCAUCUGUGCCGUGAACUCUCCAGAGGUUCUUCCGGUGUGUCUGCCUGAAUCUGGGCUGGUGCUGCCCAGCUGGACUGAGUGUGAGAUCUCAGGCUACGGAAAAAACAAAGAAUUUUCUGCAGAGUACUCAGAGCGUGUUAAGAGAGGUUAUGUUCGCCUGUGGCCCAACGAGCGCUGCGUCCCAGAUGUGCUGUCUGGACACCUGGUGACCCCCAACAUGCUGUGUGCAGGUGACACCCGCGGGCUUGACGACGCCUGCAAGGGAGACUCUGGUGGCCCACUCGUCUGUCGGAACAAUGACAGGAUGACUCUGAUGGGUGUGAUCAGCUGGGGCGACGGCUGCGGGCACAAGGAUAAGCCCGGGGUCUAUACCCGUGUCACCAAUUACAUCGACUGGAUCAACGACAAAAUUAAGGCAAAUCCGAUCUAAAGUAAGAGAGACUGCAAAGAAGAUGUUAUUGGAUUGCCUUGCCCAUAAGCACAAUGGGUAUCAUGUUUAUCAUUGAGAAGAUAGACAGGGAGGUCCACAGGACUCUCAGGACUCUUGUUUAUCUGUUGAUUUAAAUCCAAACUGAUGGAGGUUUUAAACCAGCAGGACCACUCCUACAGAGAUGCACGAGAGGGACUUCAAGUCAUGAGUUUUCAUGCACGAUGUAGCUCCAUGUUCUCCAGUUUUCUGUUCUUUACUGUGUCAGGUGGGACAGUUUAUAUGGACAGGAGCACAGAACCAACUCUUUUUCCUCCUUCUGGCCAUGUUGAUCGCAAUAAUAUUUCUGAUCUUUUCAUGCGUACAAAGCUUUAAUGUGUUUUCUCAGUACUGCCUCCGCCAAACUGGAGGUCCUGGUUGGCUUCAUGCUGGUUCAUAGGAAGAAGUCACAGUGGUAGGCUUCAUGUCAGUAGCACUUUUAAUCCAGAAGAAUACUCAGUCAAAACAGGGCAGUUUGCACAGUACAGUAAAUCAUAAGUAAGCAUUUAAAAAAAAAAAAAAA